UUCUUCUCUCUCUGGUGUGUGUGUGCAGUGUGUGUGCAGUGUGUGUGCAGUGUGUUGGAGGGGGAAUGAGGAUCAGCGCAGUGUUUCCAGACCGGACUGAGGACUCACACAGACGCAGCACAGCGGCCUCACAGCCUGCAGGUGCAGGGCUGUGUGCGUGAUGGCGUCCGAACCCCUUAGCGUCCUGCUCUCUGCGUCCGUGCUGACCCUGCUGUUAGCUGCAGGUGUGGUCAGUACAGGUGAGGAUGAGUACACCUGGCCAGAGCAGGAGCUUCCUCUCCUGCGCUUUAAGCGGACCAUCCGACUGGGCAGCUCCAGCUUCACGGCCGAGGGGCAGACCGAGCUGCAUGGGAUGUGUGGGAUCGAGUGCCAGCAGAGGCUUCCAAACCCCAGCCUGGAGGACCUGGAGCACAUGCUGUCCUACGAAACCAUGUACGCUAACGGCACACGAACGCUAACCCCGGUUAGCCUGCAGGACGGGACUGAGCUCAGCAGCGCAGCUGCUAAUUCCUCCUCGUCCAGUUUGCGGCACAAGAGGGAGGUUUAUGGCCCAGAUACUCGCUUCACCAUCGCCGACAAGCAGUACUCACUCAAAUACCCGUUUUCCACUUCGGUCAAAAUCUCCACCGGCUGCUCCGGAGUGCUGGUUUCCCCCAGACACGUGCUAACAGCUGCCCACUGCAUCCACGACGGCUUAGACUACCUGAAGGGGGCGCAAAAGCUGAGUGUGGGAAUCCUUCGUAAGGGAAGGAAGGGCAAAGGUCGAGGGAAAGGAGGAGGGAAGAGGAGGCGAGGGAAGGAGGGAGAGGAGGAGAAGGAGGGAGAGGAGGAGAAGGAGGAAGAGGAGGGAAAAGGAGGGAAGAAGAAAGAGGAGCGCAAAAAGGCAAAAGGUCGAAAGAGCCGCAGCAAACGCAGCGUAAAGGCCGAAGGAACGUCCUUCCGCUGGACGCGGGUCAAACAGACGCAGGUGCCUAAGGGUUGGUUCAAAGGCGUGUCAGAGGGCGCUGCAGCAGAUUAUGAUUAUGCCGUGUUGGAGCUGAAGAGGGCGCAGAAGAGUCGCUACAUGGACCUGGGCAUCGUCCCUUCAAUCAAAAAACUCCCGGCUGGCCGCGUCCACUUCUCGGGCUUCGAUGAUGACCGGCCAGGUAACCUGGUGUACCGUUUCUGCUCCGUGUCUGACGAGUCCAGUGACCUGCUGUAUCAGUACUGCGACGCCAAGCCCGGCUCCAGUGGUGCCGGAGUGUACGUGCGGCUGAAGGAACCCGGCAGCAAGAGGAAAUGGAAGCGGAAGGUCAUCGGGGUGUUUUCGGGCCACCAGUGGGUGGACUUGAACGGGCAGCAGCAGGAUUACAAUGUGGCCGUGCGAAUCACACCAUUAAAGUUCGCACAGAUCUGUCACUGGGUGCACGGAGACUCUGGACAGUGCCAGAACGCCUGAGGCAGUGCUGCUGAGGCCGGUCUGACUGACCACCCCUCUGUCCUCCCCAUCUUUUACCCUGGCGGUUCCCAACCCUCAUCCUGGAGUACCCCUAGCACAGUUUUGACAUAUUACAGAGUUGAAAUGGACACUUUUUUAUUUUAAUGUGACACAGAUCUGUAGAGCAAGA